AAUUUGAAUUUCGAUCAUGAUCGUGAUGUUUACAUUAAAGGCAGACUUCUCUUUCAGAUAGCAGGGUUAGAAGGUGUGUUGCUUAGAUUAAAAAUUGAUUAUUAUUUUGCUUCGUAACCCUUAUUCAAUAUUUUAUCAUCAGAGAUAAACGAAAUCGAAGUGAUAACAUUCUAAAAGUUCAAUCAUUUGUUAUUGUUUUGACAUUCCGUGGUUUUUCAGUUUCCAAGUGUCUACGAACUUCUGCAUGAAAUUAUGAAUCUGUAUACACUCAUUUUGUGUUUUCUGUUUGUUGCGAAAACGGUGUUCACAAGAUCAUUUACUGUUGACUAUAAACAAAACACUUUCUUAAAAGAUGGGAAACCAUUUAGAUACAUGUCUGGUUCGAUUCAUUACUUCCGCGUACCAAAUCAGUUUUGGUAUGACAGAUUGUACAAGAUGAAAAUGGCUGGUCUCAAUGCUAUACAGACAUAUGUUGAAUGGAACCAUCAUGAACCAGAACCUGGUGAAUAUAAUUUUAAAGGUGAUUAUGAUUUACCAAAAUUUUUAAAGACGGCUCAUGAUUUAGGAUUAGUUGUUAUUUUGAGAUCUGGACCUUUCAUUGAUGCUGAACGAGAUAUGGGUGGUCUACCUUACUGGCUUCUUAGAAAUAAUCCUGAUAUAAAAUUAAGAUCAUUUGAUCCAACUUACAUCAAGUAUGUUGAUAGAUGGUAUAAAAUAUUGCUCCCACUAAUUGAACCAUACUUAUACAAUAAUGGAGGCCCAAUAAUAACUCUUCAGAUAGAAAAUGAAUAUGGAAGCAUUGGUUGUGAUGCCCAAUAUAAAUCUCACUUAAGAGAUCUUGUCAGGAAGACACUGAAAACAGAUGUUGUUUUAUUUACAACUGAUGGAUCAAGCAGUAGUGUACUCUCUUGUGGUAAGACUGAUGAAGUGCUGUCCACCAUUGAUUUUGGAACAGGAGUUAAUGUGACUUAUAAUUUUGAGAUGCUCCGAUGGACUCAAGCAUCUGGACCAUUGGUUAAUUCUGAAUUUUAUCCUGGUUGGUUGGAUCACUGGGGACAACCACAUGCACAAGUUAGUUCUGAAUCUAUAGUAGAAACAUUGACAGAUAUGCUGCAUGCAAAUGCUUCUGUGAAUGUGUAUAUGUUUCAUGGUGGUACAUCUUUUGGAUUUACUGCUGGUUCAAACCUUGGAAGUACAUUCCAAGCUUGUCCAACAAGUUAUGAUUAUGAUGCUCCUUUAAGUGAAGCUGGAGAUCCCACACCCAAAUACUAUGCAAUGCGUGAAGCUAUUGGUAAAUUCUUCCCAUUGCCUGCUGGACCUGUACCACAACCUGCUCCCAAAAUGAAGUUACCACCUAUAACCAUGAAAAAAUACAUGUCUUUGUGGGAAUUUAUCUCAAAAACCAGCAGCUCAGUGUUCUCAACUUAUCCUCUUUCAUUUGAAGAUCUUUCUCAUCCAUUUGGAUUUGUCUUAUAUGAAACCACUGUUACGUUCCAAACACCUGAUCCAGCAAUUCUUACUGUGAAAGGCAUUGCUGAUCGAGCUCAUGUUUAUGUAAAUAGGGUGUUGCAAGGCAUUUUGAGUCGAGAGCAAAAAACAGAAAGUAUUCCUAUUAAAGUUCUAGAAGGUCAGAAAAUUGAAAUUCUGGUGGAAAAUCAAGGACGUAUUUGUUCUGGUUACUACAUUAAUGAUAGAAAGGGAAUAUUCCAGAAUGUCACUCUGGGCUCUCAGAUGCUUGUUAAUUGGACAAUGACCCCCAUUGUAAUGGAUUCUGAUUCUAUAGAACAGAUAGGAGGGUGGAAAAAUAAUAUGAAAAAAGAGAAUCCAGUAUCAGUGCCAUCUAUAUACAUUGGAUCAUUCACAAUUUCAAAUAAAACUAAAAUUUUAGAUUCAUUUCUUAGACUGGAUGGAUGGCAUAAGGGUGUUGCUUUUCUCAACAAUUUCAACUUAGGGAGAUACUGGCCUAUUGUAGGACCUCAAGUAACUCUGUAUGCACCCAGUAUUUAUUUCCAGGCUAGCCCUACUGUGAAUCAGAUCACUUUGAUAGAAUUCGAAAAUUCGCCAUGUGGCAACAAAGAUACCUGCACUGUUCAAUUCGUAGAUACUCCUGUUGUCAAUGGUACUACACCACUAUACUAGCCUUCAUCGUUAUAUUGAAAUGUCUUUGUAUUAUUUUCAAUUUGUUGGUUAAUGGUUUUUUUACUAUAGGUAUUCAAUUCAAAAAUGUUUUUAAGAGCUAUUUUUUUUCUAUUAAUGAUAUGUUAGAAUUGUUUGAUUUAAAUUAAUUUAAGAAAAGAAAUUAGUUAACCUAAAUAGAUUAAGUGAUUCAGUUAAAAAUUAAUACAUCAGGACAUUUCAUUAUGGUUUGUGUUAAGAAAUAAUUAAGGUUUGAUUUCAUCAAAAAAUUUGGCAAGAAUUUUUCUGAUCUUUUCUUCAACAUUAGUUGCUGGCACAACUAUCUAAAAAUAAUAAAUAUAAUUAGUUUUUUUUUGUUAAAAUCACUUUAUGUGAUAAAAAUGUUUGCAAAUAUUUUUUGUGGCUUAUGAAGUUAUUAAGAGAUGGCAGCUUUAAUCAGAGUAGUAAAAUAAUUUGCCAUGGACAUUUAUAAAUUUUUGAAUUUAGUGACAAAUAUAUAGUCUUAAAAAAAGUUUGAUGAAUGUAUUUCAUGUUUUCUUUUAUAUGGUUAAUUUAUGUGCAUGACAUAAAUUUCAAAGAAAAAUAUCACGUUAUAUGAAAUGUAAUUAUUUGCAAUAUUAUGUUUGAAAUUAUUUUUUUAUAUAUUGUAUUAUUUUAUUUUUUAUAUGCCAUUUAGUUUGUUAGCAUCAAAGCACAGGAACUUCAUUCAUUUAUUUAAUUUAUCUUUGAAAUGCAGGCAUCUGAUUGUCAUAUUAUUAAGUUUAUUUUUGAAUCAGAAAAAUUUCUAUCAAUAAUAUAUUGAUAAAUUAUUUAUUUAUAAUUAAUUUAUGAAAUUAAAAAUAAAAUUUAAUUAUGAAAUUGGUAAUAAUUAUUAUUUAUAAUUAUUACCAAUUAAUUAUAAAUUAUUUAUUUAUAAUUAAACAAUGAAAAGAAAUUUUAUUUUUAUAAUGAAUUGGUAAAUAAUGUCAUUUUUAAAAAAAAUCAGGACAGUUUUAUAUCUCUUUGUGAACUGACAUUGAAAAUCUAAUUUUAAAAAUAUCAAAAUUUUUGGAAAAUCUGAAUAUAUUUUUUAAAAAAUCGAAUGUUUUAACUGUGCAUGGCAAUUAACUACAACUGGCAUAUGCUGUGGUGUGUUAUAUUCUUUUUCUUUUUAAAGAUAUGCAGUGGAUUUCAGAUUUAAAUCACUACAGUGUCUUUUACAUAUAUUUAAUCAGAAUGGAUUUAUUGCAUAGAAAUUCCUGUUUAAUAUAAAUAUAAUUCAAAAAAUUCUAUAAAUAAUGAUUGAUUGAAUAAUGCUGGUUUAUUACCCAAAGUGUCUGAUUUCAUUGAGUAAACUUAAUUAUGUUGAGGAUAAUUUUUUAAAAAAUCUGUAAAUGAAUCAAAUAGACAAAUUAACAUUUUUGAACAUUCUUUUCACUGCCAGUUGAAUCACUAAUAUUUUCAUAAAUUGUGUUUCAUUAUAAUGGGUGAAAUAUUAAGCACCAUUUGUGCCUUUUAGCUGAAGAAAAACAAACUGAACUAUGCAUAUUAUUCGGAUUCAUAUUUUUGCUAUGUAUUAUUUUUCUUAAAUUAAGUGUCUACUGUAUAUGUGUGUGAAAUAUUUUUACCACAAAGUUAUUUUUGUUUUGUGAUUUUAAACAAGAUUUAUGAAAUUGUUGCAUGGUGAAUAAAUUGUAUAAUUA